UUUGAUAGUGCUUUCGAAGGUGUGUGUUCUUUAUUUGCUAUGGGUGUGAUCAAAUUAGAUAAGGAAAAACUACUUAGUUCAGAUCAAAUUGAAGAAAAUAUUGAUAAGUUGAAAAGGAAACUCAGAAAAGAUAUAUCCGUUCUUUAUCAAUAUUUAUACUCGAGUGUAGAGAAGACUUCCAUUGAAGGAUUAAAUUG